AUGAGUCUGAGCUCAGGUCUGAUACACGAAAGCAGGCGGCGAUUGAGCUGCCAACUGGGGUCUACCAACGUGGAGUAUCUGAAAUGCGGCCUCCAGAGACAGAUGGGAUACUGCGUCAGGUCGAUGUUCAGACUUGCAGUGCCGAGUAUAAAAAAGAGAAGCUAUCAUUCUGAACCCGUUAGCAUAUACAAGUUUAGAGAUUGGGUGGAAUCGGGGGAGACACGGUCGGAGUACCAGGGUACCAGGUCCAAAUUUAAGGUGUCCACAUACAAUAUCCUGAAUCAGCAUUAUGUGUGGCCCUCUGUGUACAAAUACGUCCCUGAGGAGUACAAAGACUGGAAUUACCGUCUGAAACUUUUGGACUCUAAUUUUGCGGAAUUGGACGCAGAUAUUAUGUGUUUUCAGGAGAUGGAGAACGACGUGUAUGAGAGUCAUUGGAAGAAAAGCCCCGUUUUUGAAGGUUAUGAUUCUGUUUUCAUGAUUAAAGAUCCUCCCAAGUAUUGGGAUAAGGCUCCCGAGCUUAUGGAUGGAGUGGGAUUGUUUGUACGUCGGUCCAAAUUCAAGAUCAUCAACACAGUCUCGUUCAAAUACGCCGAUUUCGCGCUGCAACACCCGGAAUUGUACCAUCACACGGACUCAUUCACUGAGCGACUUAUUCCAAGAAAUACCGUUGGAAUAGUUGCGACUCUAGAGCAUGUGGAAACAAAAGAGACCGUGUUUGUGGCCACGACCCACCUAUACUGGUCGCCCAAGUUCCUCGAUAUCAACCUAUAUCACUCGUUGAUACUAACGAAUGUGAUCAAGCAAGAGAUCAAACGUGCGCAUAAACUAAAUGAUUCACAGUUGGACAAUUUGCUGCAAAAAAGGAUGGUGCCAAUUGUCAUCUCUGGUGAUUUCAACUCCAAAAACGACUCAAUCACCCAUCAAUUCUACUCGGAUGGGCAUAUUGAUCUGGCCAAGAUUGACAGUUUUCCAGAAGUUGACUACGGAUUUGAAAAAAAGAUCAUUCGCUCGAACUUGCUCCCUUUGACCUCCGCCUACAGAAAGCUUUACGAACAAGGACUCUUCCCCACAAGCACCUACACAGACAAAAAGGUUCAGAUUAUAGACUACAUCUGGUAUAAUAGCCACAGAAUGAAUCUGGUGCGAAAUCUGGGCCAAAUACGAGCCGAGUACAUUGCAAGUCAUACACCCAUGCCUAAUAAAGACUUUCCCAGCGAUCAUAUCCCGCUGAUAUCCGAGUUCGAGCUGAUAGUGUGA